AGAAAGAAGAGGGAAGAGGGAAGGGGCCCCCCCUCCCGGCGGGCUAGGGGGUUGGGGAGGCGGGGUCCCGGCGCCGCGCUCCCAGCGCGCCAGUCCGGGGGCUGCAGGGAGCGCAGCACGCGCGGCCCGGGCCCGGGCCACCGGACGCCCUACCGGACACAACCCUCCCUGAAGCUUGGACAACUGCCCACCUCGGACACUGCACCGGACAUUGCUCCCCACAGGGCUGGACACUACAACGGACACCACUUCCCAGCUCCGGACAUUGCUCCCUCUCCCCGCCUCCCCGAGCCCUGGACACUCUCCCCCUCCCCCCUCCAGGGGCUCUGAGACAGAGCCCCCCGCUGACUCUUGCUAGCAACCCCGUGCACCCCAGCGCCUGAAGCUGCCUCCUCCGGGUCCCUACUCCCUCUUUCUCCUCCCGCCUCAUCUUUCUUCCCCGCUCGCGUCGGAGCCCUGCCAAUUUCUCAGACCCCCUGCAGCUCGGCCGCGGCUGCCCGCGCCCCCAUCCCCCGGCUGCUUGCCCGGAUGCCUCUCCCCGGGGGAUUGUGGUGGCUCCUCUGCUGCCGUCGAGGCUUCACUCUUCUGCACCGGGACUACGGGGACGGCGAGCUUAGUGGGGACGGGGACGAGGACGAGGACGAGGAAACCUUUGAGCUACGUACCCCGAGUCCAGCGGGCGGCGGGAGGGGCCCCUUGGACGUGACACUGACUCAACCUGUGAGAAGUGGGCCGGUCUCCGACAGGCUGCAGAGCUGGGAGGAGACACGGAGUCUUAUCCCCGAUAAGGGGCCACUGGAGGAUGACCCGGAUAUCGUAGUGAAAGGUUGGCUGUAUCGGGAGCCCCGUGGAGGAGGGGCAAGGCCCUGGUUGCCCCCACGAAGGGCCUGGUUCGUACUCACCCGGGACUCCCUGGACCAGUUCAGCAACAGCGGGAAGGGGGCACGGAGACUUGGGAGCUUGGUGCUCACCAGCCUGUGUUCAGUGACUGGCCCAGAGCGCAGGCCCAAGGAGACCGGUUUGUGGUCAGUGACCGUGUCUGGCCGGAAGCAUAGCAUCCGGCUCUGCUCCCCCCGCCAGGCUGAGGCUGACCGCUGGGGAGUGGCACUGAGAGAAGUGAUUGCUUCCAAGGCACCGCUAGAGACCCCCACCCAAUUGCUGCUCAGGGACAUUCAGGAGAGCUGUAGUGACCCGGAGGCUGUGGCCCUCAUUUACCACCGGAACCCAAUUCUGAGGCAUACCAGUGGGGCCUUAUAUGCCCCGCUUCUGCCUUUACCUUAUGGAAUCAGUGCCCCAGGUCCCGGUUAUGCUUCCUUGAGAGAGGAGGCAGUGCGGCUGUUUCUGGCACUGCAGGCUUUAGAGGGAGCGCGGCGCCCAGGGCCCCUGAUGCAGGGUGUGCUCCAGACCUGCCGGGACCUGCCUGCACUCCGCGACGAACUAUUCCUGCAGCUGGCUAAGCAGACCUCAGGCCCCGCGGGGCCCCCUGGGCUCCCGGCCACACGAGACCCUGCGGCCCUACGGUACUGGCAGCUCCUCACUUGCAUGAGCUGCACCUUCCGGCCUGGGGGAGCUGUACGGGGACACCUCCUGGGGCAUCUGGAGAGGACCGAACAGGCACUCCCAGGUUCGGAACUAGCAGAAUACGCUCGCUUCAUCCGGAAAGCGCUGGGGCGCACGCGCAGCAGAGAGUUGGUGCCCUCCUUGGCGGAGAUAUCCGCGCUGAGCAGACGGCAGGAGCUGUUGUGUACCGUGCACUGCCCAGGGGCUGGUGCCUGUCCUGUGGCCAUAGACUCCCACACCACAGCGGGGGAGGUAGCUCGAGAGCUGGUGGGACGCCUGGGCUUGGCCCGGAGCCGCAACGCAUUCGCGCUGUACGAGCAGCAAGGGGCCCAGGAGCGAGCCCUGGCUGGAGGGACUCUCGUGGCCGACGUGCUCACCAGGUUUGAGAAUUUGGCCACCGAGGACGCCGGGCUGGAGGACUCCCCGGAUUCGGGUUGGAGACUGUGCCUGCGUCUCCACGGACCUCUGCACCCUGAAGGACUGUCCCCAGACAGUCACGAACUGCCUUUCCUUUUCGAGCAGGCUCACGCUCUGCUGCUGCGCGGCCGGCCGCCUCCGCCCGACGACACCCUGCGCGCCCUGGCGGCGCUGCGCCUGCAGAGCCUGCACCGGGACUUCUCCCCGCGGGCGCCCCUGCCACACCUGGACCGCUUGCUGCCGCCGCCGCCGCCGCCGGCCCCGCCGCGCGAAGACCCUCCCCGCCCGCUCCCCAGGCCUCCCCCCUCCGCCGCCCUGCUGGCCGGGGCAAUCUGGAGCCCCGGCCUGGCCAAGAGGCGGGCGGAACGGGCCCGGGGCGGUGGACCCAGCCGCGCGGCGGGAAGCGUGGCCCGCGAGGAAGGAGGUGGCGCCAGCACGGCCGCUGCUGUGCUGGGCGGCUGGAAGCGGCUACGGGGCAUGGGCCGAGCUGAGGCCAUGGCUGCCUACCUGGCUCUGGCGGCACAGUGUCCAGGUUUCGGCGCUGCUCGGUAUGACGUUCUGGAGCUGAGCACGGAGCCUGGUGGGGGCACUCCACAGAAGCUGUGUCUGGGUCUGGGAGCCAAGACCAUGUCCCUAUCCCGACCCGGAGAGACAGAGCCCAUCCACAGUGUCAGCUAUGGCCAUGUGGCCGCCUGCCAGCUAAUGGGCCCCCAUACCCUGGCACUGAGGGUGGGAGAGAGCCAGCUACUUCUACAGAGUCCCCAGGUGGAAGAGAUCAUGCAGCUGGUGAAUGCCUACUUGGCCACCCUCUCCCCAGAGAGGCCUCGCAGCACUUCUUCUCCAUGCCAAGACCUGCCAGACACCUCCCCUUCCAGCCAGCACCCGGCCCUGGACAAGCCCCAGGGACAGCCUGGCUGUUUGGGGCAGCUGCAGGACUGAGCCUGCCAAGAGGUCAGGACCUCCCUCUAGCCUCCUGCCUGGGCCUGGACUGCUCUGAGAUUUGAGAGAAUCAUGGACCCUUUUGGCCCUGCAGGGACGGGGCACACCCCACAACCAAGAGCUGCAGUGGAUGCAGACAAUUUUCUAGUUUGUUUCUUAAUUUAUUUGUAGAAGACAAGUAAAAGAAAAAAAUCCUUAUUUACACAAA